UCCACACACCAUGGCAGACCUCGCCGCCGCGAUCCGUGGCGCGGCCACCCGCCCCUCCAAAGCUGCGGUCGACACCGAGGUCCGCGCCUACCUCGACCGCACCUAUUCUAACCUUUCCUCUCUCGCCGGGCCGAGCAAGCUCGGUCGCACACUCAGCCAGGACGUGGAGUAUUGGCGCGCGCAGGAGGCCGAUGCGACAGCGAAACUCGAGGCCGCCGAGGCCGCGCUGCCCGGCGCCAUUGACGCUGCAAAAGAUGCACUCAACCGCGUCCUUGAGCGCGCACAGGCGCUCACGCUCGAGCGCUACAGCCUCUCGGACGAGGUGGGGCGGCUCAUGUCCGAGCUCGACAGCUCGGUGAUCAUCGAUGACGAGGAGACGGAACGGCGGGGUCCCACGCUUCUUGAACGCGUAGAGGCUAUACACGCUGUGAUAGCGCGCAGCCGCGCCGCGCUCGCUUGGGCGAGCGUGCUGGAGCGUGUCUUGGUGCAGCGCGACACAGUCCUCGAUCCGGCGGGCCACAAGCCUUCUGCUCUCGCUGCCAUCCCGCUCUUCCGCCGGCUUAACUCGAGCGUUGCCGAGCUCGAAUCUACACUCCCCAGCGGCAUGGCGCUCGGGCGCGUGCUCCGCACCGUGCGUGACGAUACUUGGGCGCAGCUCAAGGAUCUCAUGUCGGCCACGCUCGUAUCCGCGUCUGAGCCGCUCAAAUGGCCGCUCCGUGUUGAAUACGCGUCCGUUCCAGCAGCCGAGAGGCGCGCGUUUGAGCGCGCCUACGCUGACCUCUUGGCGCUGCAAGCCGAGGGCGAGCGUCUCGGCCUCACAACACCACAGAGCGAGCCGGCUUGGGCCAGCGGUGCCGGCCUGUACCCCAUCCAGGCGCUGGUACGCCCCAUAGAGUUGCGCUUCCGGUACCACUUCAUGGGAAAACGGAACACGAACCGUGUCGAUAAGCCUGAGUGGGCGUUUGCGAGCAUUACCGAUAUGGUGUUUGAGCACGCAGGCUUCAUUGCCGACUACCUCCAGCCCCUCACAGCCCGGGGCGGGUAUGGCAGCGUCGACGUCACGGCUGAGCUCACGAUGCUACUCUUCCCUAUACUCCUCACGUUCCUGCGCACUCGCAUGCCCCACCUAGUCUCCCAUCCCGCACUCCUCGCACACACAGUGUACCAAACGGUACUCUUCGAUGACGCUGUCCGAGAGGGUGGCUUCGACCUGUCCCGCACCUCAAUAUACUGCGGUCUCGAGGCGGAGUGGGACGGGCUCGCGAGCGUGAUCCUGGGCGAGGGCGACUGGUUCAACCAGUGGCUCGCUGGCGAAAAGCGCUUCGCCGAGACACAGCUCCACGAGAUCAUCUCGUCGCCCACCGCCUGGAUCAUCAGCGACACACGAGACGACGAAGACGACCUCACUGUCCCCGCCACAGAGUCGGCACGACAAGUCCGCGCCCUGCUCGAAAGCAUUACAGAUCGCUACUCGCCGCUGCCAUCCCUUGAGAGCCGCGUCGCGUUUGUCAGAAUCGUCCAGCUCCCACUCCUGGCAGCAUACCACGCGCGUGUAGCGGGCUCUCUCGAGGCGUUCGAGACGCUCUCCAGCGCAUUCGUCCGCGCCGUACCAGGCGCCUUGGGACAAAGAGCCCCCGACUCGCGCUUGACCGGCACCGCGGGCCUUGAGCGCCUGCUCAAAGCCUACGUGAGCGCGGACUACGUCCUGGCCGCCUUGCGAGCGUGGAGCGACGACAUCCUCUUUGUCGCAAUGUCCGCCGACCUCGCGCCCGACAACCCCGCCCCGCCCAGCGUCUGGGAAGGCACCGUGCAGAAAUACACGGCGCUGCGCGCGCGCGCCGAAGACAUGGUCGUGCGGCUCGCCAGCAGCGAAGUCGAGACGGACCUGCGCGACCACCUCACGCGGCGGUGGGACGUGGGGCUCGAAGACGGGCCGGACGCUCCCGACCCCGACACCGAGUCCUCGAGCUCCCUCGUCUCCGCGCUGACGAGCUACACCUCGCUGCUGCGUCUGUGCGCGGGCGCGCUGCCCCGCCCUGCGCUCGCGCGCGUGUACCGCCGCAUCACGUCGCAUCUCGUCAACCACAUCGCCCAGCGCGCAGUGUAUGCCGGCUGGUCGAAGUUUACCGCGGCGGGCGGGCGCGCGCUCGCGUCCGAGGUGGGCGAUUGGCGCGCGGCGGCGCGCCUCGCGCUUCCGGGCACGAAGACGGAUGCGGCGUGGUCCAAGCUUGCGGAGAUGGCGGCGGUGCUCUCCCUCCCAUCUGGCGGGGGCGGAGAGAGCGCGAGCUUCGCACAGGCUAUGGCGGCGGCGUGGGGCGCGCCGGCCGCCCUGGAGAAUCUCACACGGCGCAUCGGCGUCGAGAUGGGCGCCGAGGAAAUGCAAGGGCUGCUGCAGCGGCGCGUCGAGUGCUGGCGAUAGUAGUAGGUGAUGUAUUGCAUGAUGCAGGUGCAGCAGGACACGUCUAGGUCUCAAACACGAGCAUUCCAUGGCACCUAGAUCUAUGGUGUUGGGUCAGAGGUCGUGCGUCUUGAUGCCGACACUCGUCACCUUACAAUGUCUCUCACUCAAUACCAGUCAGAUGCAUGCAGCAAUACAG